GGACCGUUGGGGCGGGCAGCGGCGGCAGCGGCGCGCUGCGGGCAGUGAGUGUGGAGGCGCGGACGCGCGGCGGAGCUCGAGCUGCUGCAGCUGCUGCCGCCGCCGGAGGAGCCUUGAUCCCCGCGCACCGGACACCCCGGGCCUCGCCAUGGCUGACCAGCUGACUGAGGAGCAGAUCGCAGAGUUCAAGGAGGCCUUCUCCCUCUUUGACAAGGACGGAGAUGGCACUAUCACCACCAAGGAGUUGGGGACAGUAAUGAGAUCCCUGGGACAGAACCCCACUGAAGCUGAGCUGCAGGACAUGAUCAACGAGGUGGAUGCGGAUGGGAACGGGACCAUUGACUUCCCGGAGUUCUUGACCAUGAUGGCCAGAAAGAUGAAGGACACAGACAGCGAGGAGGAGAUCCGAGAGGCCUUCCGUGUCUUUGACAAGGAUGGAAACGGCUACAUCAGCGCCGCCGAGCUGCGCCACGUAAUGACGAACCUGGGCGAGAAGCUGACUGAUGAGGAAGUGGAUGAGAUGAUCAGAGAGGCUGACAUCGACGGAGACGGCCAGGUCAAUUAUGAAGAGUUUGUACAGAUGAUGACUGCAAAGUGAACGCCCGGGCAGCUGGCAAUGCCCAUUCUCUUGAUUCUCUCUUCUCGCGCGCGCGCUCUCUUCAACCCCCUGCGUACCCUGGUUCUAGCAAACACCAACUGAUUGACUGAGAAUCUGAUAAAGCAACAAAAGAUUUGUCCCAA